CUGUCGCUGCCGCGGUGACCGCAGUCGCGACUCGCGCACCAACCGCUUCGCGCAAUCUCCGACGCACGCGCGACGUACUUCUACACACUCUUCCCGCCAUAAUUCAAACUUCAAAUUAUUACUGAAGGUGAACGCAGGUGUUUGCAUAGAUAGUGCCAGCUGGAACGAUGGUGGAUUCCACAUAAAUUGUAUCAGUGUUUUAUUAUUCAGUUGCAGUCGAAGAAAGUAAUUAUUAAAGGAUGCGAGCACUGUGGUGGAGCGCGGCUGCGCUUGCGCUUCUGGCUGUUGUUAGUGCCCUUCGGCCAACUCAGACCGAAGGCGUACCGCGGACCAGCAGAAGGUUAAUAGCACCAUCGGCACCCGAAGCCAGAACAGACUCUAAUCAACCUGAAGAAGUGCAAUACACUUUCAGAUCGAGAAGUUCUAGAAGGCGAGAGUCAAUAAAUCCGCAAGAAGCGACACGGACGAGGACUCGAGGUAGGCCUCAAGAGACACCAGAGGCCGAACAAGGAAGACCCCAACGAAACGAACGAUUCGAUUCUCGAAGGACCAAUAGUCGAACACGAAAUAGGCCUGUCGAAAGUCAACAAAAAGAAGUACCAACGACUAAACACUAUGUCGUAAAGCAAAGACCGCAAUCGUUCAGCCGAAGAACUAGCUCAACCGAACCCACCAUAGAAGUGUCUUCGCCGACAAUCGACGAAUCCAAAAUCGAAGUCGUAAAUUCUAACUUGGAUGACAUCCCCAGAGUGACACCUAAAAUCGAAAAUGUUUCAGCUACAACAUUCAGAAGAAGAAAUCCACCUCCUUCCACAGAAAGUACAGCACCAAGACGACGGGGGCGCGUCAGUACCCGAACUGAUACGAAAUCCCUCGAUCUAUCUGUUUCUGGAACUACCAAUACUUUUACUGUUUCCAACAAAGAACCCAGAACUGCACGAACAGCAGCAGAUUUGAGAGACUCCAAGAAGCUAAGAUAUAAAACAAGACUAUCGGAAACCGACACUAAUCUAACCGGUGAAGGAAUCACAGUUAAUGCAGUCACUAAGUCUAGUCAGAACAAAGAGAGUGAUACUAGUCAACCAGAAAUCCAAACUCCUGCUCCGGUGGUAGUGGAAUCGACUAUGCAGCCGAGUACUGAGGCAGUAGUUAUAACAUCAACUACUAUAAAGCCUGGAAGACCUCCGUUGCCAAGAGGCAAGUCUAAUUUUAGAGCUGCCGUAAAACUGUCCAAAUUGGCUAAAACUUCGGAUGAGAUCAGCGAAGAUGACAACUAUCCAGCAAGUUUCAAAGCAUUAAUUAAGGCCAAAAAUGCAACUACACAAGCGAGCUCUCCAACCAGCGAGAGUUUGUCAGUGAGAGCAUCACAAAAAAUAUACAAAACCUACUCAUCAUCAGCUCAAACUACUAAUACUGAUCCCGCUAAGUACAACAGAUACAAUACACGGUUUCGCAAUAAGCCAAACGCUGAAGAAUCAAAAACGGAUGAAAACGAUGAGGGAAAGCCGAUUGAAACCACAGCCUUACCAGAGCAACCAAAAAAUAUAACACAAGUCCGACCACGAGGGACUUACAAUCCAAGGAGUAGAAAAUUAUACCACACUUCUCCCACAGCAGCACUUAGUUCUACUGCUAGAACUACUUCCUAUAAAUUUCAUAGAAAGUUUAAAUCUAGCACAACGGAGUCACCGAGUACAGAAAUUAUAAUAAAACCUAGGCAACUUGAUAGCAGUAGUUUAGUGAAGAAGUCGAGACCAGCAUAUUUUUCAAGGCGAAGUAAAACCACAUCAAGUACUGAAGCUAACAUGGCAGAUAAUGUCAACAAUGAGAGUAAUAUUUUGGUAGUGACACCAAGUAAAGCUUUAUUGCCGAAAACGUCUUAUUAUUCUCGACUUAGAAAUAAAUCAAGAAUCGAAUUAUCUACAUCUACAACUGAAGCUGUCACGGAAGUACCUAAAGAUGAAAAGACCGCAGAUAGCAAAAAGGAAGAUUUUGUCGACAUGCCUUUAAUUUUUAGCUUAUUAAAGACCCCUACUCUCACAAAAACUGAGAAUGAGACGACAAUUAGUGGCAUACAAGAGCAAAAAGGUAAGAAAAUGUUUAUUAUUGCUGUAACCAGUAAAGAAUCUCAAGAACAGAGCACUGAAAACGAAGUGUCAAGCAGAAGUGAGGAAAUUAUAAACAAGGUAAAUUCUGACGAAACUUUGAUUUCAAAAUUCCAUGCAACUUAUAAAAAUCACGCUGUAGUAAACGUAACGGAGAACAAAACUAAUGCACCCGUAGAGGUAACUCCAGCAAUAAGAAAUAUUCAAACUAGGAAAUAUUCAAGACCACAUUUCGCCACGGCUAACCCUAACGAAGAGGCCCCUGAAGUGACACCUAAGCCACGGGAAAGAUAUUUGAGAAAAUUUAGUGAUACAUACUCUAAAACAACAGAACCUUCUACAAAUGGGAUACCACCAGAAAAGAAACAUGAAGGUAGAUUUAGUUCAAAAUACCGAGGUUCAUACCAAGAUAGGAUCCCGUAUAAACCUACAGUUCCAACUAUAACCCCAUCAACUGCUUGGCUGAAAUUCUUCGUGACUGACCAUCUGUUGGCAAAGUCCGUUGAAGAGCCUAAAUGGUUUGAAGACGAGGACAUUUACGUUACGACUGAGUCGCAGAGCUUCACAACGCCACCAGUCUCACAUGAAUCAUCAUUAGAACUGGUAGAGGGAGAAGAACAUCAGUUAGGGACUGACAUGAAUUCUAUCUCCUUUACUCAGACCCGAAGUACACUAUCCUCAGCAGACUUGAGAAUUUCAGAGAGUUUGGCGAAACCCUUACAAACAAUGAACGUUGAAACUUUAGAACACUCGCCCUCGGUUACAAUAUCUAUUUUCGACGCUCUAGCUGAAAUACUGACAUCCACACCCAGAACACCACGACUAUCAACGACUACAGCAGUAACGCCCAACCAAAACAAUAACGAUAAACAGACUCUCAACGGAGUGAGUAACAGUAUUACUGUAAAUAGUCAGAACCCACUCACAACGUUCGCUGACGUGAACGCGUAUACUAAAUCUGUAAAAAUCACUGAACAGACAACACCUAAUGUGUUUAACAAUUUGUCAUUUGGGGAAACUGCUACACCGUCACUAAACACAGAAAGAGCGACAGCUAGACCUGUGAAUACACCUACUCCUACUCCCACAACUCCUCUGUCCGCAAGAAAACCUUUCGCAAUUAAAGUCUUGUAUUCAGGAACAGAUACAUCCAUUGACAAAUCGACUGCCUCUGAUUCUACUACAUCUGAUAAACCAUCGACUGACAGCCCUAUAACGGUAUUUAACAAAGUGUCAGAUCUUUUGUUGACUAACAACAAUUUAGUGUCGUCAGAACUAACUAGCAUGUUGUCCAAUAAUAUCAACAAUAUUAUUCAGAAUAUGGAUAAGCGGACUAGAUCUAAAAUAUCUGUAGAUGAUAUGGUAAACUUACUAAGGACGUUAAUUCCCCGGGCUUUAGACCUCACGAAUGUAAAUGACGACACAAACAUUCCUGAAACGACACCUUAUAGUUUGGAGGAUAUUAAUGAUACAGCAAAUAUUAAAGUUGGCACCGAAACCGUUAGAGAUAGUAAUACUACAGGUACUCUCCAGGCUGUAACGGUAGAUGACAGUGUAAAUAGAGCACAGACCGAUAUUUUCUCCUCUCUCGAAAUUCUUGACACCCCUUCCCAGGCUGUAAAUAAUGUCGGUAGUUCACAGGGAGCUGUAAGUAGCACUUUGCCUGCGUCCAGUAGCCAGGUGACGUCUGUUGGUACCACGGAAACAAUCGUAAAUUUAACUUCUAAUGUCUCUUCUACAACAAUACCGACUAAAACGACUAGUGUUAUCUCUACUACGUCAUCUGGCUCUGAAGAUACAGAAAUGGUGAAUGUAAAUAUACAGAAUAAUAUACUUGGGGAAUCGUCGAAAAACUCUACUAACACGAAUGUACCUCUCCCAUUUUUCACAAAUUUCAAAGUUGUCGAUUUUACUCCAAGCGACACCGAGGAGCCAGGUGAGAUGUUAACGACAGUAUUACAACCCUUACAUUUAACUACUAAAUCAAUUUCUUCUUCACAAACCCCGGCCACUAUUGGCCCACAAGAUCCUAGCCAAGUAUCACCAUUCGAAUUUUGGGUUCUUUCGAAAAAGGCUAGAGUUUUACAGAUGAUAGAAGACCUUAUACGACAGCAUAAUGAUGAAAUAGCGACUGCUCCCCCUUUGACUGAGUUAUUGACCCAAUCUAAUAAUAUUCCUCUGUCAAAUCGUCUGACUGAAAUUAUAAAUACGAUGACUUCUACGACAGCGUUCACAUCUGCCGUCAAUAACGACGAUAUUUCUUCCUCUUCUGCUACCCCUACCGUUAGUCCUUUCCCUCUUUUUACAACGUUAUCCCCACAAACUGAUUCCUCUACAAACGGAAGUCCUGAAAAUAACCGCACAACUGUUGUAACAACAACAGAAAGUAUUGCAACACUUGAAGAUGUGUUACGGACAAUAAGCCAGUUUGAUGUUGAUUUAUCUACUCGGUUUGGUACUCCUACUUCAACUACAGCAGGAAUGCAAACUGAGGUGUCGGACAGUACCACAUCCGCUACAACAAAUCAAGAAGUAAAUGAAGUGUCAAACAGAUUACAACAAGACACGAUACAAACCACUUUCCAAGAAAAUACAGAAACCACUACCGCUAUAUCAAACACAGAAAUAACCCAAAAUAUCGAUACUACAACAUCAAUGAAUUUACUGACUGAGAACCUGGAAACUGAUGAUAACACGACUCGAAGAGCUUCCCAAAACGAAACGAAGCAAAAUCCAGUUACGAUUGUUUCUAAUAAGCUUAUAGUAUCCAAUGAACCACCAAAAAAAGAUUACGUUAUUUUCGGAAUUCUACCAAAUAAUACAGUGGUACGUAAAGACCCCAAUGAUGACAUACUAGAAACAAUAACAGAAUCAAGCCCUUACAUUGUUUACGGCGUACUACCCAAUAACACAAUAAUACGUAGAUUCCCGAAUGGAACCAGAGUACCACGUGUCAUGCAAAGAGUUGAGGUACUACCAAUCAGUCCAUGGAGUUUGAGAAACCCAUACAGCCCCAUCCAUAACAACCCGGCCAUUGUCAGACCGCAGUCUAACCCUAUCCGAGUAUCCACUAAUAUCGUGACAUCCACAGUCUCCUCCAAUAACGGAACGGAAAACUUAACCAACGACACUGUAAAUAACCAGCAACCGAUGAUACCUACGACACUUAAUAUAAAAGAUAGCAGUUCAUUGGGUGUAACUACUGCCACAAUUAGGCUGCCUGCUGAAAAAAGCACUGCCUCGCAUGUUUUGAGUUUACGCACAACUACAAUGCUACCUUCUGUUGACGAGAUUCUGCUUAAUAGUAUAUCAUCGGCCGCUAAAGAGGAGAUGGUCAUAUCAUCAAUGACGAGCUCAACUAUCAAACCGAGAAUAUUAACACUGGAUAUCGAUCCGGAGACAAAACAAAUACGAACUGAAAAGCCUUUGGAUGGAAAUGGUGGAGCCGUAUUUAAAUUUAUACCAAUAGACGAAGUAACUGCGGCUCCACAAGAUACCAAUGUACUAAAGUUGGCUUCAACCAAAUCACCAUUAACAACCAGAACUAGAACAACGGAUUCAACUGCUUUUACUGAAGUAAAUACAGGAAUGCCGCAAAUUCUGACACGUUUAGGAAAUGACGAGCAAACUACUACAGUUCAAAUGACAGCCGGUACUCCAAUUGCUACUACAUCAGAGACAGCGUUCACAAAUAUUGUUACAAAUCCAGCAAUUUUCACUACUCGGCCAAUAGCUACAUUUGUAACUUGGUUGCCAUCUACGACACCUGAACCAACCACAACGUUUGAACCUAUUACUACUACCACUACUACUAUUACAACACCAGCACCAACAACAACAAUUUCAACAACAAUUGCGCAAACGACAACUUCAGUUCCUACAACUGUGACAUCAUUAUCGUCAGUCACAACUGUAGAGGAAGAACGCAAAUACCAAGAAGACAUUAAACUUCUUCAAAAUUUGCUACAGACGGAACGAACUGCUAAAAAUUUAAACGUUUUCACCAGCAACAAUCAAAUACCUGUUGACAGUACAACAGUGAGAACUACUAAUAUAGGAACAACUAAAAAAAGUCAGGAAACGAAACUUCUUGAAGCAAUAUUGGCUGCUAAUACUAAAAGUCCAAGUACAAUUUCUAUACCCAAUAUUAAUGGAAAUUUAAGAAUCAAUGCGCAAACUACUACAUCUCGGUCAAUUGAAGACGAUAUAAGACAGUUCGAAGAAGACACUAAACUCCUAAAGGCACUUUUGGCUGCUACUGGACAAAAUCCAGCUAGUUUAAAUAUACCUUCACUGGACAACUUGAAUAUACCGACUAGGCCUACGGCUAUAACUCCACCUAUACCACCAACCACAUCUACCCCACCAUCACCACCAACAACAACUAUAAAAACGACAACUACAACUAGAAUUCAAACAACAACCAUCUCAAUUGACGAUGAAAUAAAAAAGAUAGCAGAGGAGGCUAAACUUUUACAGGCACUGUUACAAGUAAACGGUCAGAACACUGGCAACACAAACGUUCCGAUUAUCUCAGGGGUAACUUCAAAUGUCCGAAUUGCAUCUAACCCUCAGACAACGUCUGUAGCAUCUAAUCCAACUACACCAGUGAAUGUUCGUCCAGUGUAUACGUCAAGGACAACUACGCCUCCUUCUCCUGUGUUUACAAAUAUUCCUAGUCCUGUGUUGACUACAUUCCAGCCUCAAGUACCAGUUACCACAGAAGAGAUCGGUAUAACAACAACGCUGCGGUCUAAGGCGAGAAGAAGGUUGCCAACAACAACCACCAGAGCUACCACCGUGGCUACUGCUCGCCGUGUACCUGCGUCUAGAUAUACGGUGACUACUGAGAUUCCUAGUACUUCUACGUUCUCGGACGAAGAAGAUUUGGCCUUUUUACAAAACUUGAAAUCUGUACUUAAUACAAACACCGGUAACGAAGAACCCGAAGCACAAUUAGCAAAUCGUAUCAUUGCUCUAGCCGUAGAAAGAAGUUUGAACGAGAUUCAGUCCAAUAAACAAGCUAAUGUAGGCCGCACAGGAAAGAACAUAAACACUACUCCUCCUUACAUACCAUCUACGACAACUACGACCACUACUACGACGACUACUACAACUACCCAACGACCAAUAACAACAACUAUCAACGAAAAUACACCAUCAUUAGAAGAAGACAUUAAGCAAUUUCAGGAAGACACAAAACUAUUACAGGCACUCAUAAAAGCAACGGGACAAGAUCCAUCAAAAUUUAACAUUCCAACACUACCAAACAUACCUUCGAUAGAGAAUGGUGUACAGCAGACCGAGACGCAGAGAACUAAACUAGCUAUUACAGGACAAUCAAGUGAUGAGGCACUGCAAAAGUUACUGCAGCAGGUGAAGCCAACAAAUAUGAUGUCGGAGGCGACUAAAACUCCCGCGUCAGUUAGUACAGAGUAUGGGAAGAGUAACGAUGCACUACUAGCAGCUUUGCUCAAGGAGCAAGGCUUUGGGCCAACCACGGCAAGUUCUUUGGAUGAGCAACUACGACUCGCUGCUUUACUCAACCAAGUGGUAGUGACCCCGAAGACUAGAAGAACGACAACACCGCUGCCGCCGCCGCCGCCGCCACAACCACCGUCGGCGCCUGCCAGAAGACCAAUCUUGGAUGGUCUAGCGUGGCUCUGGCAACAGUGGAGAGAAACCGAUCCAGGACCAUCAGCAUCAAGGCCAAAUAGACGGCCAGAAGCGUCCCCAGGUCCAUCAGUCGCGUCUUCAACAAGUAACAGAGUCAACUGGUUUGGUUCUGGACCAUUCAUCGGAAAUGCGGACGACAGACCGACGUCAAACAGAAUACCUCUGGAGCCCCCAAGAGCAGUAAUAUCAGAGCAGGCACCUGGUCGAGGGCAGCUGGUGUCAGCUGCUAUUAAUGUCACGAGGGCAUUUUCGCAGUUCCUGGGAGCUGCCAUACAGGGUGCUGCUAAAACUGUUCAGAACGUGUUUCGAGCGGGGCAGCGCGUAGCGACAGAUGCUUAUGCGACGGGCUCCGGUUAGGGCAUUCUGUAUAAAGCCAUGGACUGAAACUUUUGCGAAAGUGUCAUAAGUACGCACUAUGUGUUGCGAGUGCUCAAUGUAUAUAGCUGAUUUUAGGUAGAAUAUUGUGUAAAAAAAUUAAUACUUUUAUUUAGGAUUUCAAAUGACUUGAUUAUUUUUCAAUUUGCUAUAUUAGAUUUUCUUUAAAUUCAAUCCGCUUGCGUUUUUCAUAGAUGAUGCCCGUUGAUCUAGAACCUUAUUGUACUAGUCAAAUAUUAAUUUGCAUUGCAAAAACCGAAAAGGUGUUUAUAGUGUCGUAUCAAUAAUUUUAUGUAUUUAGUACAUAUUAUUAACAAAGUAAAUUCUAAAGAAGCCUUAAAAAUUCAGCAACAAAAUUUAAUAAAGCAAAUUGAAAAAUUGAAUUGAAAAUUAAUUUCUACCAUGAAUUAAACUCUAGAUAAUCACAUACAAGUCAACAUUUAAAUACUUUAAAACUUGCCUCUUUCUGAUUCCUUAUAUGUUCCUUAGACAAAGAGGUGGGAAACAAUUUCUCCACGGGAUGUAGUUUUUACCGAGUCGUUAGAUCUGGUAUGGUUAUAUAAUUCAAAUGUAUAAAAUGACUAGUAACUUUGUUCUGUCUAGAAAUAUGUAAUUAGGAUAUUCAAAUGGACAAAAUUACAAUAACAUAUGAAACAGUUAUGGAUCAGAAUUGCGUUGAGUGUGCUUUAAACCAUUAAUUCAUACAGCAUAAGUCUACAAAUUUUUUGAACAUGCAAUAUAAAGAAUCAAAGCCUCAAUAGCACGCCUUGGGUGACCCCAAUGUCGUAUGUAGGAUAGCGUCAGUAACUAAAAUGUAUCACCUUUACAAGAAAUCUUUUUUUAUAAGUUUUUCCUUUAUACUAAAAAUUUGUAAUAUACGAGGGUUAUCUUCCACAAUUUGUUCAAGAUAUGCACUGCUCAAAAAUGUAUAGGGUUCAAAUGCAUAUGAAAAUUCAUAUGUAUUAUUAUAUCUCAAGGAUUUUUUAUGAGUCUAUAAAAAAACUUUGUUGACAUCUUUAGGAAUAAUAACAAAUACAUAAAUCUCUAUAUUGCUCCAUUUGUAUGUCACUAAUAUCAUCCGAAGUAGGAUUUAGGCAAAGAAUGUGAUGUUAGUACUAUUUAAAAUUUAUUGUUUUAAUCAUGUAAAUAAUCAAUGUAUAUUUCUUAUUAAUUUCAUAAACUUUCGUCUUUCUUUUCAAUAACUUUAAUUAUUUCAAGGAAAUCGAAUUGUUUUAUAAAGUCCCUUCUUAUUAUAAAGAGGAACCAUAUGCACUCCUUUACGACUAAAAUCAUUUAAUUUUGAUAUCAUGCUAUAUAAAACUAUGAUAUCGUAUCAGCUGAUGUAAAAUAACACUUCGUCUUUUAACAUUGUAUCAGUAGGUGUAAAAAAUCACGUUGUAGGAGUUGAUAUCAAAAUUAAAUUGGAGUCCAAUAUUUAAAUUCAAAAGCCUAUUAAAAAAAAUGGUACAACCAUUCGAAAAGACAACUUUAUUAAUAUAACACUAAAACCUUAUUGGAGCUAAAAUUAUAAUUAAGCUUAGUCUAAGAAUCUUCUUACUUAAGUGAUACUUAACUACAUGUGCCAUUUACGCACGUGCUUGAACUAGCUUUCUUAUCUGCUUCUAUUUAUUUAUUUAACGUGGCAAAUAUUAUUUUGUUAACAUGAUGCUGAAUUUAAAAUAAUGAUUAAGUCAAUUUCAUUCAAUGUAACCAAAGAAUGCAUCUUUGGGUGUAAGAUUGAUAGGUUGAUAGAUAUAUGAACAAAAUAUGAAAUAAAUAGGGUAAUAAUACGACGGACAACCUUAAUUGAUCUUAAACUAGGAAAUGCCCGUACUAUAAGCACCAAAAUAAAAAAUCAAAUCCCGAGGUCAUUUCUCCGAACCCCCUAACCAGAACCAAACUAAGCAACCCACAUAUUUAACCAAAGCCAUAUGGUAAUAUCAAAAUGGAAUAAAAGUUUAGUUUCGUGAAUGUAUUUGUAUUUUUUUGUUUUUGUAUACAUAUCUAUGUAUUUUUAUAUAACGAAGAAAUAAGAAAACUUUUACAUACAAGCUGUUUGAAAAUAUCUAUCAAUGUUAUCGAUGAAAUUGACUGGGAAUUUUAUUUUUAAUUUGCAUUAGCUGUACAACUUUUCACUGCCUCUAGUAUAAAGGUCAUUAAUUUAAGAAUUUAGUAUAAUUAAACUUGGUAAAUUACUAGAUUGAUUUUGCCACUGCUAGGUUUUGUUA